GGGGUAACAUCACUUCCGUUUCCCACUUCCGGGUGCUGCCGCCGCCGCCGCUGCCGCCGCCGGUAACGGCUCCGGGCCGGCCCCACCAUGUUCCUCCUCCUCCUCCCGCCGCCGCCGCCCCCAUGAGCCGCAAGAAAAGCGGCUUCGCCAUCACCAGCGUCCGCGGCGGCAGCGGGACCGCGCCGGGCGAUGGCUCCGGCGGCGCGAGCGGUUCUUCCUCAUCCUCCUCCGGUAGCCCCAGCGGCUCCCGGUUCCGCCUGGUUCGCUUGCUGUCGCCGGGGGAGGUGCUGCGGCGGGGCCGGUGGCUCUGCCGCGAUUUCUACGAGCGGGACGCGUCUCCGCGGGGAGGGGGAGGCGGUGGCGGUGGCGCGGGGAGGGUCCCGGUGUCGCUGGACGCCCCCCGGGCCAUCCCCGCCCCCCACCAGCCACGGUCCCUCGGGGCCUUCGCGCAGCUCGUGCAGCAGGCGCUGCCCCCCAAACCCCCCUCGCCACGCCCAGUGGGCGGGGCCGAGCUCAGCGCGCGCCUGGGAUUGGCUGGCGAGGAGAGCGAGGACGAGGGUGCCGGCAGCGGCGUCACCGCCAUCGACAACAAGAUUGAGAGGGCGAUGGUGCGAUUCGCGCCCAGCCCCGCCAUGGACGAUGAGGAGGAGGAGGGUGAAGAUGGGGGAGCCCCCGGCCCGGCUCUCCCUUCACUGGCGACCCCCACCCUGCACAGCAGCCGAGGGGGGCCGGGGGGAGCCCCCUCAGAGCCGUUCGAUGCCCCCCGAGCCGCGGCCGCGCUCUUGGGCAGCUCCUUCGCUGCUCGCAGCGCCCUGGGAGGGGCGGCGGCCGCAGCCAUGAACGUGCCCCAAGCCCAGCGGCUCUUCCGGGGCUUGGUCAGCCUGGCAGUGCCCCCUUUGCCAGGGCUGCGCAGGGGGGUCCCGCCUCCCCCUGYRCCCUCCCCACAGGUGAGACCCUGCCCCAAAACCCCAAAUGUUCCCCUUUAGGGGGGUCCCGCCUCCCCCUGUGCCUUCCCCACAGGUGAGACCCUGCCCCAAAACCCCAAAUGUUCCCCUUUAGGGGGGUCCCGCCUCCCCCUGUGCCUUCCCCACAGGUGA